AUGCAGACGGCCCACAGCUACUGUCCCGGCAGCCCCCCAGAUGCAGGAGACGGGCGGGGGCUGGGCCUGAGCCGGGGAGAGGUUGACUUCGGAGGGUCCGGGAAGAAGCGAAGCAAGUUUGUGAAGGUGCCCAGCAGUGUGGACCCCUCUGUGCUCUUCGACCUGCUGCUUGCCGAGUGGCACCUGCCGGCCCCCAACCUGGUGGUGUCCCUGGUGGGCGAGGAGCGGCCUUUUGCCAUGAAGUCCUGGCUGCGGGACGUGCUGCGCAAGGGGCUGGUGAAGGCGGCUCAAAGCACAGGUGCCUGGAUCCUGACCAGCGCCCUUCACGUCGGCCUGGCCCGGCAUGUCGGCCAGGCUGUGCGUGACCACUCCCUGGCCAGCACGUCCACCAAGGUCCGCGUGGUGGCCAUCGGCAUGGCCUCGCUGGGCCGCAUUCUGCACCAUCAGCUGCUAGAGGAAGCCCAGGAGGACAGCCCCAUCCACUACCCAGCCGAUGAGGGUGGCAGCCAGGGGCCCCUCUGCGCCCUGGACAGCAAUCUCUCCCACUUCAUCCUGGUGGAGUCGGACACCCCAGGGAAGGGCGAUGGCUUGGCAGAACUGCAGCUGAGGCUGGAGAAGCACAUCUCCCUGCAGAGGACCGGCUACGGGGGCACUGGCAGCAUUGAGAUCCCUGUCCUUUGCCUGUUGGUCAACGGUGACCCCAGCACCCUGGAGAGGAUUUCCAGGGCCGUGGAGCAAGCUGCCCCGUGGCUGAUCCUGGCGGGCUCAGGGGGCAUCGCUGACAUGCUCGCUGCCCUGGUGAGCCAGCCCCACCUCCUGGUGCCCCAGAUGGCUGAGAAGCAGUUUAGAGAGAAGUUCCCCAGUGAGCACUUCUCCUGGGAGGAUGUCGUGCACUGGACCAAGCUGCUACAGAACAUCACUUCUCACCCGCACCUGCUCACUGUGUACGACUUCGAGCAGGAAGGCUCCGAGGACCUGGACACCGUCAUCCUCAAGGCGCUGGUGAAAGCCUGCAAGAGCCACAGCCAAGAGGCUCAGGACUACCUGGACGAGCUCAAGCUGGCCGUGGCCUGGGACCAUGUGGACAUCGCCAAGAGCGAGAUCUUCAGUGGGGACGUGGAGUGGAAGUCCCGCGACCUGGAGGAGGUGAUGAUGGACGCCCUGGUGAGCAACAAGCCCGAGUUCGUGCGCCUCUUUGUGGACAGCGGUGCCGACAUGGCCGACUUCCUGACGUACGGGCGGCUGCAGCAGCUGUACCGCUCCGUGUCCCCCAAGAGCCUGCUCUUCGACCUGCUGCAGCGCAAGCACGAGGAGGGCCGGCUGACGCUGGCUGGGCUGGGCGCCCAGCAGGCGCGGGACCUGCCCGCGGGGCCUCCCGCCUUCUCCCUGCACGAGGUCUCCCGCGUACUCAAGGACUUCCUGCACGACGCCUGCCGGGGCUUCUACCAGGACAGCCGGGCCGCCGGCCGGAGGAGGGUGGAGAGAGGGCCGGCCAAGAGGCCCACCGGCCAGAAGUGGCUGCUGGACCUCAGCCAGAAGAGCGAGGAUCCCUGGAGGGACCUGUUCCUGUGGGCGGUGCUGCAGAACCACCAUGAGAUGGCCAACUACUUCUGGGCCAUGGGCCAGGAGGGUGUGGCAGCAGCUCUGGCCGCCUGUAAGAUCCUCAAGGAAAUGUCCCACCUGGAGACCGAGGCCGAGGUGGCCCGCACCAUGCGAGAGGCCAAGUACGAGCAGCUGGCCCUGGACCUGUUCUCUGAGUGCUACAGCAACAGCGAGGACCGGGCCUUCGCCCUGCUGGUGCGCCGCAACCGCAGCUGGAGCAGGACCACCUGCCUGCACCUGGCCACCGAGGCGGACGCCAAGGCCUUCUUCGCCCACGACGGUGUGCAGGCCUUCCUGACCAAGAUCUGGUGGGGGGACAUGGCUGCGGGCACACCCGUCCUGAGGCUGCUGGGCGCCUUCGCCUGCCCGCCUCUCAUUUACACCAACCUCAUCACCUUCAGUAAGGAAACCCCUCUGAGGACGGGCCUGGAGGACCUGCAGGACAUGGACAGCCUGGACACGGAGAAGAGCCUGCUGUGCGGCUCGGGCAGCAGGGUGGAGGAGCCUGUGGAGGCACCGAGAGGUGGAGGUGACCGAGGCCCGCAGGUCGCCUUCCUGCUCACACGCUGGCGGAAGUUCUGGGGGGCGCCCGUGACGGUGUUCCUGGGGAAUGUGGUCAUGUACUUCGCCUUCCUCUUCCUCUUCACCUACGUGCUGCUGGUGGACUUCAGGCCGCCUCCCCAGGGGCCGUCUGGGCCUGAGGUCACCCUCUAUUUCUGGGUCUUCACACUGGUGCUAGAGGAGAUCCGGCAGGGCUUCUUCACGGACGAGGACACACACCUGGUGAAGAAGCUCACUCUGUACGUGGAGGACAAUUGGAACAAGUGUGACGUGGUAGCCAUCUUCCUGUUCACCGUCGGUGUCACCUGCAGGGUGCGGCCCUCCUUGUUUGAGGCUGGCCGGACCAUCCUUGCCAUCGACUUCAUGGUCUUCACACUCCGGCUCAUCCACAUCUUUGCCAUCCACAAGCAGCUGGGCCCCAAGAUCAUCAUCGUGGAGCGGAUGAUGAAGGACGUCUUCUUCUUCCUCUUCUUCCUGAGUGUGUGGCUCGUGGCCUACGGCGUGACCACCCAGGCUCUGCUGCACCCGCAUGACGGCCGUCUGGAGUGGAUCUUCCGCCGUGUGCUCUACCGGCCCUACCUGCAGAUUUUUGGGCAGAUCCCUCUGGAUGAGAUAGACGAAGCCCGUGUGAACUGCUCUGUCCACCCGCUGCUGCUGGAGGACUCGGCCUCCUGCCCCAACCUCUAUGCCAACUGGCUGGUCAUUCUCCUGCUGGUCACCUUCCUGCUGGUCACCAACGUGCUGCUCAUGAACCUGCUCAUCGCCAUGUUCAGCUACACCUUCCAGGUGGUGCAGGGGAACGCCGACAUGUUCUGGAAGUUCCAGCGCUACCACCUCAUUGUGGAGUACCACGGGCGCCCGGCGCUGGCCCCGCCCCUCAUCCUCCUCAGCCACCUGAGCCUGGCGCUCAAGCGGGUCCUCAGGAAGGCAGCCCAGCAGAAGCGGGAGCAUCUGGAGAGAGACCUGCCGGACCCCCUGGACCAGAAGAUCGUCACCUGGGAGACUGUUCAGAAGGAGAACUUCCUGAGCAACAUGGAGAAGAGGAGGAGGGACAGCGAGGGGGAGGUGCUGCGGAAAACCGCCCACAGAGUGGAUUCUGUUGCCAAGUACCUCGGGGGGCUCAGAGAGCAAGAAAAGCGGAUCCGGUGUCUGGAGUCACAGGUCAACUACUGCACACUGCUCCUGUCCUCCAUGGCUGACGUGCUAGUCCCGGGCAGCACCUACUGGCGCUCUCAGGACUGUGGUAAUGGGAGCCAGCAGGACGCUGCUGGCCACGGAGGGGGCCCUGGUGGCAAAGAACACCUGGAGGCUGGCCAGCCACCCUUAAACACAUGAGCUGCUUGGCCUGCCAUGCCGCAGGCCCACCUGUCUGAGCCCAGGCCUGGCCCUUCAUUGGUCAUCCUGGGCCUUGGAAACACAUUGACCUUCCUCCACCUCCAGUGGAGCUCCCAGAGCAAUGGCCCUCCUGGAUAUGUCCCUGUGAAAAUGGACCUUCCCAGGACCCUGGCAGUAUUGGCAGCAGUGUCCCUCACAGGGUGAGCUCCUCCACAUCCCCACCUAGAAACUGGCUGACCUGGAUUGGACAGCAAGCUUUGGCCAAACCCCAGGAAAAUGGGAUACCUCCCACCCAGGCUGGGCAGCUGCUCUGGGGCCUGCCCUGCCCCAAUCUGUAUCAUCUGAUAAGAA